AUGGGCCGCAAGCCAAACACGCUUAUCACCGAGUUCUUCCACCGUGGUGAGAAGCUGCCAGACUCUAGCAACAGAUAUGAGCAUACGUGUAAGCUCUGCGGGGAGAAGUUCCUCAAAGGCCGUCCGGAUACUCUAAUCAACCACAUCACGAAGAUAUGUCCGGCAAUCUCCACCGCGGACAGAGAUCGGGUGGCCUACCUGUCUGGCGCUGCCGCGAACCGAUAUCGAGAUAAAGGUGCUGUGCGCAAUAGCCAGCCUGCUCCUAGCUCGAAUACUGCGGCAGUGGGCGAUCAAGCUCGUGGGAAACGCGCUGCAAACUUCCAGAAUGGUCCCAGUCUAAAUGGCCUGAAUGUGCUUGCCGAGGCGUCAAGGAGAGUUGGUGCCUCGAACGAAGGACACAUACAGGAUCGGAUACUGGAACUCAGUGCUGCUGAGCGCGACAUGGUGGUCGAUCCUGCUCUCGAGAACUCGUCUAAGUUCAGUCUUGGUAUGAUAACCGCUACUUAUACUAUGAGUUUAGACUCAUGUGCUAACACAUCUAUUUUAGAAGCUGAAUUACACGCUCAGUUUAUUCACACAUCGUCGCCAACCGCUCCCUUUUUCUCAACAUCCUCUGUGGAUGCUACGUCGCCUCUUCCAAUGCCUGCCGUGCAUUCCCUGCUCCCCGUGGACACACACCCAGACCACCACUCAUCUCAGCUAUCAUUGAUUGCUGCAUCUGCAAACGAGAUGGUGACCGAUGACCCUUCUAGCUCUUUGGAAUCGGCAGCCAUAUGCCACCAAAAGUCGGAUGCGUGGCAGCUUCCACCGCAGACCGCACCCCCACAGGCUACCAUCGGCCUUUCGCCUACCAUUGAACUGCCAACUGCGGACGAAAUGAUGAUUCAAAAUCAUAUUCCUGCUGAACUGAGUAUGCCUCCCGCUUCCAAUGAACGGCCCGGAACAUACCUUCGACCCCUUACCACGAACCCCGAAGUUCAGCAGUCUAAUAGUGACUUCUUUUGUGAAGUUGUAGACACGAAGAAAUCAAAUAAAAAACGGUCGACUUUCUCUGAAGAGAGGCGGAAGGAAGUCAGGGUAGUGAGAAAGAUGGGGGCCUGUCUCCGAUGUCGGAUGUUGAAGAAAACGAACUCGCCUUAUGAACCAAUUAGAGUCCUAUUCAAUAGUAUAAAGGGUGAGAUACAGUUUGAACCUUCAGCCGGUCGGAUCGAGGUCAUGCACUUCGAACUAGACUCGCUAAGCUUUCUUACAUUUUCCGCCCUAUUUGGUCAACGGCAAGCCGGUCAAGGAAUUGAUAAUCAGCUUCCUUCCUCUUCUGCUGAUUCUAUAUUAGAAGGACCAUCGCACUACGUGCAUAUUUUAGAUGGCGAGAUCGAAGAGCUGAGCGGCAAGCUUGAUGUGUAUAUCCAGAAGACCUCCAGUUUGUUCAUUGAGGGUGAACAAUCCGAUUUUAUCAGACAGACCCUUCGCCAAGCAUUAGAACUCGCCAAACAACACGAGGAUGAUAUGCUAGAUGCAGCGUUGGAGUUAUGGGUAGCCACUGCAAUACUAGUGGACCCGUUCCUUAAAUGGACGGUCUAUAUGAACCCUACUCUGCCUCCGCUGGCAAACAGGCCGCUGACCUCUACAACAAACGACUCCCGGAUCCCGAUACACAGCAUGAAUCAGUUAGAAUCAUAUUCGCUGAUUUGCACGCAAUUACGCUCUGCCGUCGAAAAACGAGCAGCGAGAGUGUGCAGAGUUUUGCUCAGCAAAUUUGAGCAACGGCUGCUUCAGAAGCAGCGGGUUGGCAGUUUCCGAACAUUCUUGGCCACUAUCAUCCUGCUUAACUGUGUUGAGAGGAUGGAAUGGCUAUUUCGAUCAUGGGAAUGCGAGCAUUAUAUUCAACGGUGGCCGUUGGAACGACAGCCUUCAUGCUUUGCCUCCCAGAUCGAAACAUUCGCUGGUGUAGUCUCCCAGCAUCUGAAGAUGAGGUCGUUGGCUCCCGCCUUUGUUAUCUCGCCUACAGGUGCCAUCAGAGCCAGGGAUAUUAGUGAUAAGGACGUCUAUCGUUGGUUUGACAGUAUUGGGGUCGACUACCAGUACUUGCAUGCUCGUCAAGCAGCCGAGUUCGAUGCCAAUGAUUCCCGCUCCCUGGAUCUGAAGUACUCGUCGAUGGUGGUUCUCUCCGCCAAAUUCUCGAACGAGUAA